AUGCCUAAAUCCAGUCAAACCCCCUCUAAAACCAAAUCAUCAUCCAAGGCUGAAGCAAAAUCCAAAAUCAUGAAGCCCAAAUCAAAGAAAAGUGCCAAGCCAUCAAGUGAACCCAUACCCAUACCUGCUCCUUCUCCUUCGAUAUCCUUCACUGUACCUAUAUCAUCAUUCCAUGUUCAUGCUGCUCUCACCAUCCCCACCUCCACUGUACCCCCACUUCCAAAACCAACCACCCAUUCACUUGAGCCUACUGCGAAAAAUACCUCUAAGUCAACAAAGGUCAAGGCUACUCAAAGAAAAUCUGUCAAGAAAGUGCCCGAUACUGCUACUCAGGUAGGCAUAGUGGUCAAGGAAUCUGUGAUUCAGGGGGAAUCAGUGCCAGUCAAUGCUAAUCAGGUACAACAUACCCCUUUGAAAUUAGAUAUUUUGGUAUCUGCUAUAGAUGUUGCACCCUUAGAUACUCUCCCACCCACGAGUGAGAAACCACAAGUAGAGGAAUUAACUAUAGAAAAGGGUGUAGGUGAUCCGAGAAAAGAGACUGAGGAUGAGGAAGAUGAUGGGGGUGAAAAAGAAGAAGAAGAUGUGGACAGUCAGGAGGAGCAUAAUGCUGAAGACAUUGCCAAUGAAGAAGAAAAGAGUGAGAAUGAGGGAGCAUCUGGAAAUAAGAAGGAAAGUGAUACGGAUGAUAAGAUAGGUGAACAAGUAAAUGAUUCUGCAGAAGAAGAAAAUCAUAGUAAAGAAGAGGACAACUCUGAGAGUGAGGGUAGGGAUCAGGAAAAAGUAAGUGAGAGUGAAGGAGUGGAUGAAGAGAGUGAGAAAGAGAAUCAGAAUUUGAGUGAGGAAUAUGAAGGCUCUAUGACCAUUGGGAACACUGUCAUAGCCCAUUCAGAAGCAACUGGUGAAGAGACAAGGGCUCAAGAACCUGGGUCUCUGUUAACUCCUUUCACUGGGGAUGAAGAAGUUAGCAGUGAUGAAGAUAACUUGCCAUUGUCUGAGGUAGGGAAAAAACCCAGGAAGACUUCUGUGAAAGCAACAAAGUUAGCAGUCCCAACGAGGAAAGGAGUGGCUCCUCCUGCCAGGACUCCUCUUAUAAGGAGUAAAAGAAAUGUUGUUGAUGAACAGGUCAUUAUCUAG